AUGCCACCACCUAUUCCACCACCUAUCCAACCACCUAUUCAACCACCCAUUCCACCAACCACCAACCUUUCUACCAACGAGAUUUCGCGGAGCCUCGUCUAUCUAAGACGAACUCGCCAGCGUCUCCUCGUCGGCCCCCACGCCGUUCUUCAUCUCCCCCACUCGACACACAUAUCUGGUGGAGCCAAGAACAUCCAGUACUUUGCGCUCAGUCUCUGGGACCACACGUUCGGUCAAACAUGGGAAAUGGGUCUGUCAUACGUCGAGUUGCUCUUUGCCCUGCUGCUCCGCCACCCUUAUCUAACCAACAUCCAGCACCCUGGAGCUCAGCAACCUGCGGGACCCCAGGUUGUCGGCGGCCGCAUGACCACCUUCAAGCGCAAGCUCUCCCUAUAG